AUGCCUCUCGUCGUCCCCGGUAUCAACAACAACUCGUCGAGCGACAAGACCGAGGAGUGGACCAACAAGCUGGUUGGGAAGAAGCUGCACGAUGAAGAGUCCAACGAGACGACCUUCUGCAAGAGGGACCUGCCCGAGCAGACGCGCGUCAUCGAGCCCGGCAUGAUGGUCACCAAGGACUUCAUUCCGGACAGGCUGAACGUGCACGUCAAGGAGGACGGUACCGUGUCCCACGUCCAGCACGGCUGA